AUGAAUCGAGAACAGUUUCGGAAGCGGUUGAGGGCGUACGUACUGAUCAAGUUCGGGAAGUCGGGAGACGACCUGAGCCCAGCCGAAGAGAAGGUCACCAAAAAGCUCGUCGGGCAGAUCAUGUAUGCUUGCUACAACGUAGAGGAGACUGGCUGUCUCGAAGCGCUGCAGAUGCGAGAUGUGCUCACCCCGGAUGGAGAGGAUAUUAUCAAGAACAAUGGCCUGGCGUUCUACAUUCGGCAGAUAUGGGAGUUCCAGAGGGUCGUGGACGCUCGUAUGGAGGCCGUUUUAAACGAGAAAGAGGUGAGAGCGUUCUCGUUGUUUCCGAUGUCUACGGCUUUAAGAACUGCUCACAUCGUGAUCAAUGGAACGACGUUGGCAGGAUUCGUGUCUCGCAUCCGCGAACGUGGAGAAGGAAACCUAAUGGAGGACUGGAACAUAAGAUUUCUAGAUCAUCCGUUGGCGCUAUCCGAUGGACUAGUUCCGGCAGAUGACAGUCGAAGCGAAGUACAACCACGCCAGCAUCUCUUUGCCAACGAGAUUAAGACCGAUGGAUACAAUGCGUCAAUCCUUUACUACCAACCGAAGCAAGAUGAGCUGGAGCGUGGAGAAGACGAUCCACUCGUUCCAGCUGGCUAUCUGCCUGACGUAAUCAUCGGCCUCGAUUCCGGCAUGCGGUCGGUGUGUACAGCAGCUCACCAAUACCUUCGACCUCAGGCUCCUCGUCGACGCAAGCAGAGAAGGGUCCGUCGUCCAAGACGACAGAAGAAGAAGAAACGCAAGCGCAACUUCCCCAAGUGGAUUCGUCGACCAAAGGCUUUACGCCUAGGGCAGCGUCCGGGCAGAGAGAUCGUCAGCGUCACCGCUCGCGAGUACAGGCAUCUUGCCGGGUUCAACCGCUUCCGCGCUUGGAACGAAAGCCAAAAGAGGAAGUUUUUCGAGUACAAGAAGAUGGCCGACGCCUACGGUGACUGGAGCCGGAGAGAUGGCAUCAAGGGCCACGCUCCGAGCCCGGUCAAGGGAUUGAAAGAGGCACUGCGGAAGCGCGCGACGGUGGUUUCCAUGGACGAGUUCAGGACGAGCAGUACCACCAGUCGCUUUCGAGCGUCCAGUACUCUACUCCAGUCUUCCCCAAAAACGUCGACAAGCCCAAGAGAAAGAAGGCCAAGGGCAAAGUCCUUCCACGUGAUUGGUCCCAGGCUGAGAUCCAUUCACACCACUGUCACAUCGUGCUUCUCUGUGAGAAUAAGAUCUGCCAGGCGAGGUACUGGGACCGAGACGUGA